UCCUCCUGGAUUGGUUUAGCUCUGCAUCAAUCAUUUCUAGAAGCUGGGACUCCAGAAGGGCUGAAUGGAGAAAGAGGGAGGGAGAAAUAGAAACUGGCGCACAGAGGGAGAGAGCAGCUGCCAGAGGCCAGGAGGAGAAACCUUCGCUGAAGCCGGGUGAGGGUGCAUGGGAGACGCAGCACUGCAUCCACAUGCUCUGAAAGCCACCUGCUUCUGUAGUGUGCAGCAUUGUUCCUCCCGCAGCACGUCCGUGUGAAUGAAGUGGUCCGGAACCUGACAUUCACCCUCUGCCUGCUUACAACUGGCCAUAAAUUGCAACACACUGGGAGCCAAAUCGUCACUGCACCGUGUAAAAGAUCCUCAGCCAGAAACAGCCAAACAAGCUUUGAUGGAAAUGUCUUAUAAUUUGACAGGAGAAAAUGAAUUCAGUCCCCCCCAGAAUUUAAUUGUAACCAGCGCAUCCAGUCCAGUUGAGAACAGCUUAAAGGAGCCUUGUAACACACCACUGAGCAAUGAUACUUUAUAUUCCAACACAAACAGCCCUUCAGAUUCUUAUGUGAAACCGCUCUGUGAUGCAGCAUCUGAAAAGAAAAGCCAGUGCCACAAAGGAGUUAAAUAUGUCUCCUCCGAAGGAGACAAACUUGAGUGUGGGUGGGGGGCUUUCACGCCUGCUUGUUUACAGUUCUUCAACACACCUAAGGGGGUCUUGUUAUUCCUCUGUGUGGCUUCUUUUUUGCAAGGGAUGAUAGUGAAUGGCUUCAUUAAUACAGUCAUCACCUCAAUAGAACGGCGCUUUGACCUGCACAGCUACCAGAGCGGACUGAUUGCAAGCUCUUACGACAUAGCAGCAUGUGUCUGCUUGACGUUUGUCAGUUACUUUGGGGGCAAUGGGCAUAAACCACGGUGGCUGGGAUGGGGAGUGCUCAUUAUGGGAGUAGGCUCCAUUGUCUUUGCAUUGCCCCAUUUCACCACUAGCCAGUAUGAAGUACACUUCUCGGAAGAGACCGGUAUGUGCUCUUCCAACCACAGCAUGCAGUGUGCGGAAAGCAUGUCGAUCCUCUCAAACUACAGAUUUGUCUUCAUGCUUGGGCAGUUCCUGCAUGGUAUUGGAGCGACACCACUCUACACUCUUGGAGUGACCUAUUUAGAUGAAAAUGUCAAGUCUAACUACUCCCCUGUGUAUAUCGCUAUUUUCUACACUGCUGCAAUCCUUGGGCCCGCAGCAGGUUAUCUGGUAGGAGGAAUGUUUCUAAAUAUUUAUACUGAAAUAGGCAAACAAAUUGAUCUAACUCCAGAUAAUACUCUCUGGGUAGGGGCCUGGUGGAUAGGAUUCCUGGGUGCUGGAGCUGCCGCCCUUCUCACUGCCAUUCCCAUUCUGGGUUACCCUCGCCAGCUGCCAGGAUCCCAGCGCUACAUCAUUAUGAGAGUCUCCGAGGCUCAUCAGCUGAAAGAUGGGAGCCAUGAAACGGCGUCCGAUCCCGACUUUGGGAAAACAGUUAAAGAUCUUCCACGAUCAUUAUUGCUGCUUCUGAAGAACCCUACCUUCAUCUUCCUCUGUCUAGCUGGAGCAACUGAAGCCACGCUCAUUGCGGGAAUGUCUACUUUUGGACCCAAGUUUCUUGAGUCACAGUAUGGUUUAAGUGCCUCCGAAGCUGCUACCUUGUUUGGUUAUCUUGUCGUGCCAGCAGGGGGAGGAGGCACAUUCCUGGGAGGAUUCUUCGUGAAUAAGCUUAAGCUUCGCUGUUCAGGAAUCAUCAAGUUGUGUUUACUUUGCACAGUGACAAGUCUACUGGCUGCUUUCAUAUUUUUCAUUCACUGCCCUAACAUGCCUAUGGCGGGAGUAACGCAGAUGUACAACCGAAGCAUUUUACUGGAAAGCAGCUUAAACCUGACAGCAGCAUGCAAUACCGAAUGUGAUUGUCUAAGGGAGCUCUACAGUCCAGUCUGCGGAAGCGAUGACAUCAUGUAUUACUCUGCCUGCCAUGCAGGGUGCAAAAAAAAAUCAUUCCUCGAUAGUGGCAAGAAGGUUUACCAUGAGUGUAGCUGUAUCCUGGAGAAUGAUCCCACUGGUUCUGCCCAAGCGAUAGCAGGGAGAUGCACUUCCUCCUGUGAGAGAAGGACUGUCCUUCUGGUUUUCAUGUUUUUUGUGAUUUUCUUUACAUUCCUAUGCAGUAUUCCUGCGCUGACUGCAACUCUACGGUGUGUCUCCGACAGACAGAAAUCAUUUGCACUAGGAAUCCAGUGGAUUGUAGUAAGAACUCUAGGAGGCAUUCCCGGUCCUAUUGCCUUUGGCUCUUUGAUUGAUCUGUCAUGUCUGGUGUGGCAGGACCAGUGUGGAGAACAAGGUUCUUGCUACGUUUACCAGAACUCCUCCAUGAGCCGAUACACUCUGGUUGCUGGAAUUGUCUACAAGGUGGUUGGAACAGUCUUCUUCCUGCUGGCCUGUUUACUUUACAAACCGCCUCCCCCUGAAUCCCUACCAGGGAGCUCAGAUGCAUCAGAAAAUGGGAACUGUGUCCUCCAGGAGAACAAAUCUCUCCAGACCCAAGCUGCUGAAUAGCACUAUAAAUACUGCAAGGGACUUUCUCCCAGUCUCAGAAAUACCGUGUCAAAAUUUUGUUUUGUUCCUGUUUUAUGAUUACUAUUAUUAUUACUAUUGCUUUACCCUUUUGUUUUUCUGUUUAAAGAAGGAUAUUUGAAGUAAGUUCUGGUUUGGAGUAACUUUUUCUGAAGGGCAGAAGCACAUGAGAGGAUACUUACAUUGAUGCCAUAUGAGGAUCCCUGCACUGAUGCCAGAAACUUACGUUACUCACCGGUAGCUUUAUAGCACUUCUGUAACAAACCUGAACCACACUAAAGAAAGCAGAGUACCACUGUGGGACCAAAUUCUCAUCUGGUGUAAACUGGCUCCAUUCACUUCUGCUGAGAAUCUGGCCUGUAACACAUACAUUAUAGAGCCAUCAGUAGCAAAGCACUUGUGUUCAUACUUUUUAGGUCUGAUCAACUGCCUAUCCUCAUGUUGACAAUCUGCUACCAUAUGCAAAGCAAGGAGCAAAAACAGUGUCUUUUUUGUUGCUGUAGCACAUACAGCGUUGCUCAUAAUGUAUGCUCUGUUCUCUCUCUGUUCAGUUCAAUUAUAGAACAUUUAAUUGUCAUCGUUCCUAUUACUUUGCAAUGGUUUGAGAUCAUGGAUUACCUGGGAAGUUCGUCAGUAGAUCACAUACAACACACUGUUGAAACUUGAACAUCCCUGGCUAUUUUUAACUCACUACCCAAGCCUUUUUCUGUCGCCACCUCUGGUUUCCUAAUUCCAGUCCCAGGAUUUGCAGUAUAGUUACAAUCUGCUUUUCUUCCAUUGUUUUAAGAUGGACACAUUUUGUAACGACCUGUAAAGGCAGUUGGACUAUUUCUUGUCCUUGAGCUAUUGUGCUGUUUGACACAGAAACAUAUAAGAUAUGGAUUUGUGCAAUGUUUUGUUUGUUCUGCUCUGUAAAGACAUUGUUUUUAAGUAUACAGAAAAAUCCGAACUAAUUUAAUUUUUCUCACAGUGCUCCUUGGAAGAGAAACCUAACAUAGCGACAGACUUUAUUGUAUGAAGCCAAUGAAGAAAUCAACCAGAUUCUCAGCUGGUGGAAAUAGACAUAGCUCUGUUGAUUUCAAUGGAGCUACACUGAUUUGCACCAGAUGAUGAUCUGAUCCAUUGUUUGCAAAUAAACUGGGCCACAUUUUCAAAAAUGCCCUUUAAAUAUGCACUGCAGUAUUAACCGUAUGUUGUUGGCAAGGACAAGCAAUGGAUGGCCAGCAUCUGAUGGCCAGAUUUAUGGGUGGCUGUCUCACCCACACCCACGAAAUUAGGCAGGUAUAAAAAUCUUAUUAUUUGGCUCUUCAAAUGGUUGCACAAGCAAAAACUGCAGGUAGAAAUUCAGCACUUGGAUUGAGGCCCCUCGGACGAUGCAGGUCCCUGAAAUCCUUACCCUGCAUAAAACUGUAGUGAAGAAUUAUAGGACAACCACUAACAAGCUGUUUAAUCAACAUGUAAUGUUCACUACAAAAUAUUUAGAAAGAUUUGUAGCUACUUUGUAUAUUUUUUUAUACUUAUGUUUUUGUAAAAGAGGGAAGAAGGUUGAAAAGCUGUUUAUAGUUUUUUGGCAAAGGACCAAACAUUCCGGCGCCCAGCCGACACCAUUAAACACAGCCAUAUCCCAGGCCUGGUGUUUCCCAUUCUACUGAGGGUGACACUGUGGUGGAGAUAUGGGGCUGAAGUAAAAUACCCGUUCUUUCCUUGACACUCACUGGGAAUGGGCUUUGAAUAGGAGUUCCUCUGCCAUCCGUGAAUCCUCUUCCACCAAGGCCAUGGAUUUACUAUGCAGCCGCAGCCGUUACAAGGCCCAUAUUUCCCAACCAUUGUCACACCACAGCAUCUAGGGAUGUCUCUCAGACUCAGGCUAGUCGCACUAUUGCUCUAAAAAUAGCUGCAUCGUAAACAACACAUUGAAGUUGUGGCAGGGGCUGGAGCUUGGGCUCUGAAUCCCCCAGCCCCAGCCGCAACUUCAGCAGCUUCAGCCCGAGCUGCAAGUUCAAAGCACUGUCUAUAUCAGAACUUUUAGAGCCAUUGACCUGGGCUGAAAGGCUCACUCCAAAAUGCCAUGUGCACCUAUCCUGGGAAACACUGCAACGUCUCUGGUAUCGUAGCGUGGUAACUACUGCUGAACAUUGACGUUCUGGAAGGCAUCCCUGGUCAGUAGCUCUGGGUAGUCACGGACCCAUUGGUACUGCCGUCCCAGAAUAAACCCCUAUGCACUGGUGCGUACAGAGCCCUUGCAGUAUUCUGGGUGUGGCCUCCCCCUCUCUGCUGCUUGACACCCACUCCCCAUUUUACACACCCGUGGUGAUUUAAGGGGCGUGACUAGGCCCAAAGAGAUUAACCCUGACCAAUAGUAAAUGGUUCUUCAUGACCAUCAACAGUUUUCUCAGGCACCUAUAAGCAAGACAACUACUAUCUACAGGAGUCUGCCACUCCAGUCCACUAUAAACAAUAAACACAUUCCAACACUUUGGGUACAAGCAGUAGCCUGGUGAGUUGCAUGACAUUAUUCUGGGGAAAUAUUUUGUGCAUAUUGUACUUACGAGGUUAGAAGUGUUUAUAUAUAUGACAUGUGUUUACUCGUGUUUAUAAAAUGAAAUUUAUUUGAAUUUAUCAUUUCAAGAGCAAAAGAAUAGUGGUGUUUUAUUAUGUUGAUGUGGUCUUGAAAAUCCUUGAUUUUAAUUAAAUAGCAAAAAAAAAACCCGAACCCUGUUCCUAUUAGGGCAACAUUUGUAUAUAAAAAUGUAUGUAUGUGCCCAUGGUAUUUGAAAGGACAUUUCCCCAUCUCAUGUGAAGUAUUGUAUUCCUAUGAUGUCACAGAAAUAUAAGCAGUAUUUGACAGGUCCUUUGUGUGUGUCUUGAUCAGCUUCAUUUCAUUCUGAAUGGUGCUUUUGAGGCAAACAGAAUGAAUUAGCUUAUCCAGAGCUAUAAUGUAGUCACAACUGGAAAAGUUGGGGCGUAGACACCUUCAGCUCUCAAUGAAACCAGUGAGAACUGUGGUGCUAAGCAACCCUCUGGACACAAUACUUUUUAGUGCCGGUUAGCUCUUUGGAUCAUGACUGAAGUUUUGAUACACCACAGCUUUGGUUCUCUUUUUAACUACUAUCCCUUUCUUCCUGCGCUCAUGGAGGAAGUUUUCAGAGUGGUAGCCGUGUCAGUCUGUAUCAGCAAAAACAACGAGGAGUUCUUGUGGCACCUUAGAGACUGACAAAUUUAUUUGGGCAUAAACUUUCGUGGGCUAAAACCCACUUCAUCAGAUGCAUGGAUACUGUAUUUUCCACUCCAUGCAUCUAAUGAAGUGGGUUUUAGCCCACGAAAGCUUAUGCCCAAAUAAAUUUGUUAGUCGCUAAGGUGCCACAAGGACUCCUUGUUGUUCAUGGAGGAAGGUUACAUAAGUGGGAGUCAGGGAAUGGGUGGGGUUAGGGAAUGUGAUCCAACACAGAUUGAAGACAAUGGAAAGCCUCCUGUUGACUUCAUUGGGCAUCGGGCCAGGCUCAAAGUAAGCAGACACCUAAGAGGAGCUAUCUGAUUCUGUUUCAGAGAAAGUCCAUUCUGCCACUAGACUCCUUCCAUCUGUCUAGUACCUUUGGGAAAAAAGAACACCAUGACGCCAGCUCAGGUCAGUGGGCUUUUUUGGAGAGAAGCCUUGGUGGCAUGGGAAUUGGACCUCUUGAACUUCUUAGGGUUCAUCUAACGGUACUGAGCUCAGAACACAACUAGGUUUCUUGUUCAUCACUAGUUGAGACAGCACAUGGAAGGACAACAGCUAUCCCCAAAAUCAAAAUGUACAGAGAGAUCUAAGAACCCUGGGACAACCUUAGGUCAAGGACAAGUGUAGUAAACAAGAGCCUAUUCUUGGAUCUUUGUGGGAAAAGGAGGAGGGGACAGAGUAUGAGCACAGCCAAAUGAAACAGAAUGUCAAUGUGCUUUUAAUCCGAGGAGAGAUUUCUCUUCUGCGCUCAGCCCAGUUGGGACUCAUUUCAUUUUCUUUUCCUUGUUGUGCCAACCUGAAUGCAGUGAUAGGUUUAUUUGUAGAAAACGAAGCAGUUUUUCUCUUGUGCCAAGUGCAUUAUUGUCAAAUAUUGAGGGACACAUCCUCAGCUGGCGUAAAGUGAGGUAGCUCCAGCAGAGUCAAUGGAGCUAUGGCACUUUUCAUUCGCUGGGGACCUGGCCCUGGUUCUGCACGGGCAGGACCAGCUGCCUUGCAAGGGCAAAACAAGAGGUCUCUGGUUAUCAAAGAAGAACAAAAUGAGCAAGAUUAGGACCUCACUUACGCUUGUGUAAACGAAUGAGUUGAAGCCUAUGGAGUUACUCUGGGGUUUGACCGGCAUGAAUGAGGUCAGAAUCCUGUACUACGUAUACAUAGGAUUGAUUCUCUGCAUGAAAUAAUAUAGAUAAACAAUAGCUUGUACUGGGGAAAAAAUCCACUAGGUAUGAAAGCAAAUAAACUGAGGAUUCGUAGCAGGAAGAACUAGUUGUGAAGGGCCAAAUGUAACAAAGCAGUAGGGUCUUAUGGCCUGUGACGCAGAAAUCCUGAGCUCUAGUCCCAGUGUGGCCUGCUGGGUGACCUUAAGCAAGCCACUUCACUGUUCUGUGCCGCAGUUUUCCCAUCUGUCAAAUAGGUCUAAUGAUCCCGAUCUCCUUUGUAAAGUGCUUUGAGAUCUACUUUCUUUUUUUAGAAACUUCCAGGAGAUUAAAAAAUUCAGAGCUUUAAUUUAACAAGAUUUUUAAAAUAACUUUUUGGGGGUUUUUUUUAAAGGAAUUCCCCCCCUCCCCCCCAAUGAAUUGUUUUAGGACCUGAUCUUGAAAUUGGAGCUGUACACACAGAGCCCUGGGUCUACGAGGAGCUGCGCUGACUUCAGUCGUGCUCUAUGUGAGUGUAAAGAUCAGCGUGCAUUGAUUCAACUGCAGGAUCAGGCCCUUCAUUAACAAUUACCACCCGCUAGACCAAAUUUUGACCCUUGCUCUUCCUUUUGUUCUUGAUUACAAGGACAAGUAACAGCUUUGUUGGGCUUUACAGCCCUCUCCAGGUUCUUGGAUGUUUAAAGCAUGGCAUUGGUGAACCAGAGUGUACAGUACAGCUACAUUAAUAGAUACAAAGGCAAUCAGAUUGCAAAUGUCUUUAAACCCAUUGUGUAUAUGUGCAGUAUAAAAGCCUGCAUUGUUUUUGUAUUGAUGCAUUGAAAUAAAAUAUUAAAAUUGUUUACAAUGUA